AAAAUAUUGUUGGACAUAAACCGGUCCGUGGCGCAAAAAAGGUUUGGGACCGCUGAUGUAAAGCCAUGGACUCAGUUAUUUCUGCAGCUGGUCUUACUGCAUAUUUAUUUGUAGGAGUUUCCCCUUCAAAACGUCAAACUUUAGGGAGAAGAGUAUUUAAAGGAUACAACUGUUUAUUAUUUAGUACUGAAGAAAAAGGUCCUAACUCUUUUCCACACAACUGCGAUUAAGCAAUUUGAAAUGAAUCACAGAUGCCAUUCAAGCUGCUCCUCGGAUGUCAGAUUAGUCAUGCGGUCAUCCAAACGGCUUGUUUGCAACCCGUUAAUUUCAAUAAAUGUCAAGUAAAUGCCAGGUCAUUUCAAAGAUGACCUAGCAUUCAGGCCAGGUCCAGUGUCAUGGAAAAGCAGAGGUGUUUCCAGAACACGCAGUUCUUUGUGGGUAGAUUGUUUUAUCUCACUGGCAAAAGCAAUGGAUUAGUCCUGGAGGGAAACUCCCACGUGAAGCUUUUAUCCUCAAGAAAAUAACUGGUGAUUUUCUGACUAUCGGUAAUUUAGUUGGAUGACUCUGCUGCAUUUACUUCAAACAGUGCUCAGACUGCUAUAAACAAAAGUGCGAUAUCUCUAAAUUAGCCAAAACAUUACUUUUUUUGUUCUGUUAAAGUAUAGGGAGUAUUUCCCCUGAUCCUGGUAAAUAUGUGUCAGCAAUGUACAAUUUGAGAUAUGAAAGUAAAACAGGAAGAUACAUUGAUAUCAUGUUGGCGUCAUUAAAUGUAACUAGAUAUUGUCAUCUGUUGCAAUCAUCAUCCUUCCAGCUCGUAAAGGAAACUCAUUCACGUUUAAAACCUUUGACUGCUCAAGAAAGUGGGAAUCAUAUCUGGAAAACUUUUUUUAGUUUCCCGUUUGCUGUUCUGUUCAGUUUGCAGAUAGUUUAAGUCACAUAUGUUACAACAACAAGCACAGAUGAUCUAUUUCUCUUCACAACAUCAAGUUAUUAUAUGUCCAUCAGCUCCCCUUGAAAGACAGGGACUACUGCGGUGGCACCUCUUGCUUGCUAACAGCCCUAAUAUUAACUAGUACAUAAACAGAUUCCCAAACAAAUACACACAGCAGCAAAGCAGUGUGAGAUAUUUACGUGACCGACGUAUGUGAUGGCUAGGUGCCAUUUUGGCGGCUUUGUCUCCAUGCGAGGGCGAGCAGCUUUCGUAAGUUGACACCUACUCCUUAUGAUACGACAUGUCAUGCGGAGGAGGUCUUUCUGCAUGUUUGUGGAUAUCAGUGUUGCUCUGUUAACGCCAGUCUGGCAGCGGGCAGUAACAUGAGGAGCUGAUGUAGUGUGUAAAUUAAACGGGUCUCCUUGUAUCCUGUCUUCCUCACCAUAGAUUGAUGUCUGUGUGUCCCCCUUUUUUUUAAAAAAAACUUAUUUUUUUCUGUGAUGUUUUACUCAGUAAGUUAAAGUUGUGCUUUUAAAGUGUAUCAGUGAAAGCGAGGAGGCAAUAUAGAUGCAGGUUUUGGAGGGGUUGCAGUCACAGACGGUUGUAAAAAGGCUGUCGUCUAACCCUGUUGCCACACUGCAAGGAUCACGGGGCUUUGGAGCCACACCACCCCGUUUAGAUGGAUGGGUUAACAGCAGCUUUUACCCCGUAGUAUCCUUUGAGGGUCAGUGCCAAGACCACUUCAAAAUGUGCAAACCAUAAUCCCCCUCUGACAUUAAUAUUUUCAGAUGGGAGGCAAGCAGAGAGCAUGGUGUGUGUGUGUGUGGGGGGGGUGUCGAUGUAAGCACGGUCUUUUUGGCUGGCCUUGUCGCAUGCUGGCAGUGCUGAUGGACAUUAAAGCCAUUACUCAUGCUGGAGGCAUGUCCAGAAUGUAUUCUUAGCCACUGUCUUCCUAUCAGUCACUACAGAAAGGUUGGAGGGUCAAAAAAUAAAGAGGUAACCAGUCUGCAGGGCUGUCUGCACCGCUGCUGUUUACCAGGGAGGGGGUGAUAUUUUAAACCUGUGAGAGUUCACAUAUUUACCCCACUGAGCCUGACUGACCUUGCCAUUUGGUGGGGUGAAGAAGCUGGAGACCACUGAUAGAGAAGAGAAGAGGCAGCGAUAGAAACCCUUCAUUACUACUCGACAAGAAAGAGCGUUGAGUUUGUUUUUUCAGACAGAAAACAGCAGGAAGAGUACCAGAAGAAAGGGAGACUGAGUUGAGGAAAGGAGGUGACGGCACUUGAGGGAGGUGAACGGUAGCCAGGCUGAGCUGACUUCCCCCACCAGAGGAGGAGUUGCAGUUGCCGGCCAGGGCAGGUCCCAGGGCUGGCAGGGCUGGCCCUACUGCUUCUCCACCUCUGUUCUUUUCUCCUCAAUCACUCCUCCUUCUCCUCCCUUUAACGAUCAACUAAACUGCUGUGCAGUGAUGAACUUGCCGGAAGCGCUCAUGAGCAACAGAGGAAUGCUUAGAAAAAUCUUGCGAAAUGAACUUUUUUGCCGCAAGUGAGAAAGAUUCCUGAGGUUAAACCUCCCAUAAGAGGACCUCCUCUGCGUUACAGACUCUCACCCUUCUGUCUUCUCAUCCUUUCUUUUUUGUUGUUGCACUCACUGGUUGAGUGCACUGAGAGACUGAGGGGAUUUUUGUACUGUUUUUCUCUAGUUUUGCUUUUGUAAACCAGAAAAGUGGCAACUUUUUCAGUAGCACGGUGCAAGGACCAGGUCCACUCACCCAAGAUGAGCCGCUGGCUGAAAUGCACCUCCGUGCACUUUGUAGAACACAGACUGGAACAAGUAUGAUGAUCGGCUGAUGAAGGCAGUGGAGCGUGGCGAGGUGGACAAGGUGUCUGCUGUUCUCAACAAGAAGGGCAUCAUCCCCACUAAGCUUGACGUGGAAGGACGCUCUGCGUUUCAUUUGGCUGCAACACGAGGACACUUAGAAGUCCUCAAUCUCAUCCUGGGACACAAUGUUGAUGUGACUGCGAGUGACGCCGCUGGUAAAAGUGCUCUUCAUCUAGCUUCGAGAAAUGGACACUCUCUGUGUGUGCAGAAACUCCUGCAGCACAACUCUCCAGUUGGAAAUGUGGACCUGCAAGGAAGAACGGCUCUACAUGAUGCUGUCAUGGCGGGCUGUGCCUCCAGCGUCAAACUUCUCUGUGACAGCGGGGCGGCUGUGAAUGCCACCGAUUUUGAUGGGAGGACACCUCUGAUUCUGGCAACCCAGAUGUGUCAUCCCCGUAUUUGUCAGCUGUUGCUGGAGCGAGGAGCUGACAUUACUGUCCGGGACAAACAAAACAAGACCGCGCUGAUCCUCGGCUGUGAGUUCGGCUGUAAGGAUGCAGUGGAGGUGCUGCUGAAGAGCGGCGCCGAUGUGAAGACUGUGGACGGCUUGGGUCACGACGCACAUCACUACGCUCGCUUCAACAAGGACCAGGAGCUCAUCGCGAUGGUCAAAAGUUACAUCGACAAAGCCAACAGAGAUAAAGAAGCCGCAAAGAUAGAACAGUGGAAGCGACAGCAUUCAGUGGAGAGACCAGAGGCAGCUGAGAUUAACAGAAAGGAUCAGAUCAUACAUGAUCUGGAAAGGCAGAAUGAGACUCUGCAGGAAGGCCUCAGGAAGUACUACCAGGAGCAGAAAGCUCUCUUAGAUAAAGUCAACAUGCUCCAGCAACAGCUCACCCAGGAAAAAAUGGCCGCAGAAGACUCUCAAAAAGAGAAGGAACAGUUGAAGAUGUUACUCAGCACCAAAGAAAAAGAUGAAGGCGCUCGAGGGCAGGAGACUGUCAAGGUCCAGCUCCGGAGUACUUUGGGGGAAUACUCUGGUCAGUCGGUUAUCAAAGGUAAAGAAAAUGUUUUUGUCAAAGGUCACAGCCUGGAUUCUGAUCAGAUGCUCAGAAAUCCUCCCCUCUCACGUUCAUUAUCCCGACCGCUGGAGAAGGGUCUUCCUGGUGAGCUGGAUGCGCUCCGAAAUGAACUUGAGGCAGUCAAGAAAAGACAGCAGGCAGCUGAGGAGGAGACGACACGGCUUCAGUCUGCACUGAGCCGUAAAACCAGAGAGUGCCAGGAGCUACUUCAGAGCCGAGACACCAUCCAGAAACAGGCUGACCAGCAGGUUCAAGAGCUCGAGGACGCCUUGGGAGACGUCCAGAAACGGAUGCUGGACUCUGAGUGCAAGGUCAAACAGCUGCAAGCCCACGUAGUCGCUGUCAAAGAACAUUUAGGAGGCCAAGCGGCAGAAGAACUGCGCACUCAGCUCCAGGACGUCAAGGCCAAGUAUGAAGGUGCUUCGGCCGAAGUGGGCCGCGUUCGCAACCGCCUCAAGCAGAGUGAGAAGGCCUUGGAGGAGUACAAGAGCAGUGAGAGCCAACUAGCAGCUGAGACGGAGAGGCUGAACCAUGAUGUCCAAAAUCUGACUGCAGAGCGAGACGUACUGAGAGAAACACUUUUAGAAAUGGAAACCCAGCUGAAAGAGGCCCAGACUAAACAUGGCAACACCGUACCAGCCGAGAAGUUCGACAACAUGAAAAACCUGCUCACCAAUGCAGUUGACGAGAAGGAACGGCAGCUCGCCGAGCUGAGGGAAGACUACGAUCGGGUGCUGGAGGAGGUGGCGGAGCUCCAUCGAAAGCUAGACAGCCCCUCCUCACAGGGAGGCCCGAGGCCGUUGUCUGCUGAGGAGCAGCAGGUCUGGGCAGCACUGGAAGAUGAGAACGCUACCCUGAAAAAGACAUUGGUGGAGGUGACUGCAAAAAGCCAGGCUCUGAUUCAUGAGGUUGAGAAGAGUGAGGAUGAAAAAGACAUGCUACAAGAGCAGCUGGAUGAGCUUAACAGCAGGAUUGAGGUGGACUUUAUACCGAUACAGAACCACGAGGAAGUACGGAGGAACAUGGUAACGGCUCUGGAGGAUCUCGAGGACAAACUGGUGGAAGCCGGCGAACGUUGCGGAAGAGCAGAGGCACAAGUCCAACAGCUUCAGACCGAGAGGGGCGCGUUGCAGAAGAAUAUCAGCAGCCUCAGCAGCACGAGUGAGAAACAACAAAGUGAGAUGGACACUAUGAGGUGUCAGAAUGCCGACCUGAUAAAGAAAGUUGAGCUUUUGCAGAAGAGAUGUGAAGACAGAGAUAAAGAGUGUGUGCAGCUGGCCACACAGAGUCAGACUCUCAAAGAGAGCUUGGAGGGACAGUAUGUUCCCAGACAGCAGCACGAGCAAGUGAAAAUGGAGUUAAGUUCCACCUUAGAGAGCGUUAAAGCUGAGAUGUUAAAGUUGGAGACAAGGGAAAAAGAAAGUGGGGAAGAGUUGAAGAAUGUGAAAGAAGGAAAUGAAAAGUUAAAAGAAAAGUUAGAAAAAGUUCUGCUGGAGAUGAAAAACGACUACAUCAGUGUAAAAGACCACAGAGCUAUCACAGACAAGCUGAAUGCUGCCGUGGUCGAGGCAGAGAAUAGAGCGAAUGAGGCGUCUGCAAUGCAUGCGUUGGCUCAGGAUGAAACUGUUAAGCUUACUCACGAACUGGAGGCUCAGAAGAAAGAGCUUGAUACCAUACAGGAGGCUAUUCAGUCUAAGUUUGUGCCUCUGACAACAGCUGAGGAGAAGGAAACCUCUUACAGCACCCAGGUUAAAGAGUUGACAGCAAAACUGUUGGAAAUGGAAGAGAAGUAUGACAAAGAAAAGACUGCCAGAGAGGGCAACAGACAGGAGGAAAAGAAACUGAAAGUUGAGGUGGAAUCUGUUCAGAAGAGACUAGACGUCGCUCUGGUUUCCAGUGAAAAGCACAAAGAAAAUGAGGAGGAGUUCAAGGCUAAAUGUGAAGAACUGACCCAGAAGUUGGUCAACUUAGAGCAGCAGCUCGACGAGGUAACACUUCAGAAAGCUGAACUUCAAGAGCAAAAUGCCCUGUGCAAUGCUCAAAUUCAAAACCUACAGGAGCGUCUGAAGUCAGAGCUGACACGCAUAUCGACAUACGACACCGAGCUCAAAGCCCUCAAUGAUGCCUUACAGCAAGCGCAGGCUGAUUGCAAGAAAGCAAGAGAGGCGCAGCAGGCGGAGGCCCAGAAGGUGUGCGCCUUUCAGAAAGAAGUGCAGGAACUCCACCGGGAGCAGGAGUCUCUGCAGCAGCAUGCCGAGGCCAAGGAAGCCCUGGAGGCUGAAGUGGCUAAGCUACACCUGGCUCUCCGCGAAGAGGAGGAAAACAACGCCCAGAGGGCGGAAGAUGUAUCUGCUCUGCAGUCAGAGCUCCUUCAGGCUACUCAGGCUCUCGAAGAGAUCCGCUGUAAGGAAGACCAAAUGAACGAGCUGAAGAAGGAGAAACAGCAGCUGGAGGAGGAGGCCGCCAGCCUGAAUAACAAGCUGCUGAGCUUGGUAGAAGAGCGUGAAAAGGUCCAUCAGGAGGCAACAAAAGCAAGAGAGGGCGAGAGCAGGGCGAGGACGGAGAUGGAGGCAGUCCAGGAGAAGGGGCGCGCCAUCGAAAGGGAGAUCAGAGAGCUGAAAGAGAGAUACGAUGAGUCCCUCACCACCAUCUGUGACCUGCAGAAGAGGAUUCAAACAUCAGCUGAGCAGACUGAAGCCAAAGACAAGAAGAUCACAGAGUUGCUUACAGACGUUGAGCGAUUAAAGCAGGCGCUGAAUAGUCUGUCCCAGCUGACAUACACAAGCAACACACCCAAGAGGCAGACGCAGCCCAUCGACACACUCCAAGCUCAGAUCAAGAGCCUACAGCAGCAGCUGGCUGAUGCUGAGAGGCAACACAGAGAGGUGGUUUCAAUUUAUCGAACACAUCUGCUCAGCGCAGCCCAGGGCCACAUGGACGAGGACGUCCAGGCCGCCUUGCUGCAGAUCAUCCGCAUGAGACAGGAGUUUGUGUGUUAAAGCUUCAAAACCCUGCUGCUACCUGCUGACUCAGAUUCACUGUUUUCAUAUCCCCUGCUGUAAAGUGUUCCUGCUGUGGCCCCUGUGGGCGCCCAGUGUGUGUCUGCUGACAGGCUGUUAGAAAACACAUUUUGCUGCAUUUAAAGUCUAAGAAGUCUCCAGGCUGUAGAUACAGACGAACACCAGCAGCGUUUUCUUUUAGAUACACAGAAAACAUAAACUCAGCAGUUAAAGCCAAAUGUAAUCAACUACCUGUAUGCAGAAACACUUUGCAGUUGCUGGUACACAGUAUGUAAAAACAACAAACUGUUUCAUACAUUAUUUUUCGCAUCUUUUCUAAUGAUGGUGAAGAUCUGUGGAUUUUAUGCAACUUUUACACAUUAUAUUCAGUGAUGUGAAGGUUAUUUGAAAAUGUGCAUCCCUUUCUUGGAUUACUCCUGAAACGCUCAGCUAACUGUAAACUGGACAAACAGACCACUUUUCACAUUCCCGCCUGACUGUCAGCGCUCGUGCAGAAUGCUUCCAUGUUUAACACCGACGUUUGCUGGAGUUUUAAUGGGAGGGGUUCACAGUUUCCAGCUCAGAAGCUCAGAGUUACUGGCUGCUGUAAUCAUUGUUUUCUUUGAUACAUUUUCAGCUGCUGAUUUUUAUACACACACACACACACACACACACACACACACACACACACAC